UCCGUGUUUGCUUUCAGGUUCUUAUAAAUGCUUUGUCUUCUAUGCGAGUUUUUUGGUCACUUUUAUUUUCAGUUAAAACUUUACCUUUAAUGUCGCUAAGCGUUGAUUAUGGCAGCUUUAUUUUGAAAUUCUGACCGGAAUUUGUAUUUUUUCUAGCUUGUACGUGAAAGUGAAACUAAAAUGAACCUGGAGUUGAAGGGGAAAACCAGCGAUAUAAGGUAUACUUUUUUUGUUCGAUAGCAGCAGAGUGUCAAGCAGCAAAACAAAGAAACAGUCAUGACUAACUUCUCUACAAUCUACAAACUGUCCCUGGUUGCAGUGAUCUGCUUCAUCAGAGCCUGCAGCAGCAGCUGUCCAGUGUUGGAGUGCUGGUUUGUGCAGGAGAAGGUGGGUCGAGGAGGAGGUUUAGCUGCAGCCACAAGCCAGGAGAAAUCCCUCCUUCACAUCAGAACAGACAGCCAGACUGCAGAGACCCAACAGGCUCCAUCCGACAUCGACCCCGACAGAGUCUACUCUGUCACCGACCCAGCUGCCACUCUCUGCCACCGCUCUCUCAAUCCUCCCAGAGGCUCUGUCAAUAAGCCCCAGUGUGAGAUCAACCCCUUCCUGCCGCAGCCCUCCACCCUCAAAUGGGUCGCUCCACUUACAGACUCCGCCUCCAGUCCCAUCUACCUGCAGGCUGAUUGGUUUUCCACUGCCCUUCAGGGUGUCAACGGACAGCUGGCUGUUUCCACUAUCACGCGUGCUCCCACAGCAACCAAAGAGCACAAUGUGAUCCUGAGUGUGACCAGUAAAACCGUCUCGGUGCAGUCCAGACUCGGGGAACCAGUGUUGCUGGAUUGUGGUUUCUGGGCCGACCCCUCCUCGCCUCUGUCGGGGUCGGGUUUUGCCGUAGAAUGGCGCUACCAGUUCAGAGGCGACGGACGCUUGGUUUUGGCCUAUGACGGUAAAACGGACCACUUGGCUGAUUCACAAGAGGAAGGGGCCACACUGGACUUUGAGGGUUUGCACCAGAACGGGAAUGCAUCCCUGAUCAUGUCGGAGGCUAAAGUGCGUCACUCCGGGCUGUAUAUUUGUACGGUGUAUCUGCCGUACCUUGUGGCUCAGGUGGCGAUGGAGCUUGAAAUUGUAGAACCUCCAUCCCUCUCCAUCCACCCGUCCCCUCUGCCCCUUGCUGUUCCCGGCCGGACUUUGACCGUCCAGUGUGAGGCGUCUGGCUUUGCCCCCCUCUCCCUGGAGCUGAGCUGGGAGUUUAAAGGCACCGAUGGGACGUCCAGGCCUCUCGGAUCAGGCAGCGUAACCGGCCACAGGCAGGCCUGGGAUGGAACCUAUAGCCAGAGCACCCGGCUGGAGCUUGACACAACUAAGAUGGACCUGGGCCGAGGGGGGGAGGUCACCUGCGUGGCUGUCCAUCUUGGAGGCACACGACGAGCCAGUGUGACCCUCAAUGUCAUUGGGUUCAGCACUCCCUCCAUUGAGGACUCCAUGGCAAUGGUCGGUGUAGCGCUGGUGCUCUACGGUUUUAUCAAGUUCGUCUCUUGGACCUUCACCAGCUCAGGCUCAGAUGAGGCUGGUCCACAAGACAAGAAAGACAAGUAAAGAAGAACAAAGUCAAGUUCUGUGGAUGUGGAUACUGACGUAACAAGUCUGUUUUGAUAUCUAGGAUGGGGUUUUAGAAGUGACUAUCCUCAUGUUCAAGCAGCCAGUUAUGCCUUUUUUAUUUAAAGCUAGAGUGGUACAUUUCUUUUAACUCUUCAUUUUUUUUCAGAGGUCCAGUUGUGCUAGGUUAGUUAGAAAGGGCUUCUGCUCAGUCCAAACAUGUUUUUUGUGAUAUUUCUUUCACUUUAAAGCAAUAUAGCUUUUAUAUCAUAUUGGCCUCCCACUGUUUACUUGCUGUAAAUUGUCAUGAACACUGGAAAGGUGCCAGAAACUUCAGCUUCAAUUUGAAGAUGUUAAUGCUUCCAUAUGAUUCUCCUCUAUGUUUAAGAAACAGAAAUGACUAAAAUAACUUAUUUUGUAAAUGAUCAAAGACAGGAGAAUUAAUAUUAGACUUAACUGUCCAAACCCAAACAGAAUCCUGUUUUUGUAAAUAUAGAAAAAAUAAUGUUUGUAUAUUCUGACGUUUUUGUUGCAUGUGUGUUUGUGCAUCAUGGUAUGGCUCUCAGUACAUGUCGGUAGGAAUGAUGCUCCAACAGCCUGGGCUAAUGCACUAUUAAACUUUUAUAGAAGUCUGAAGGAAAUUAUACAAACAGAGAACAUAGUUCUACCGCAGGGAAUAUCUAAAAUUGUGUUAGAAUUUAUAGAUUAUAAUUUAAGUCUGCAUUUUAAAUGAAAUAUUUUACAUUUCUCAAAACAUGCUUCCUCCUGUUUCCUGUUUAUAAAUCAUGCUUGCUGGUGUGCUUCAAAUUUUGGAAAAUAAAUAGAAAAUGGUCAAAAUGGUCAUGGAAAAUGGUCAGAAAAUGGUCACAAUGUUCAUUUCUUCUUCUUAGAUUAAUUCAUAUGGAAGUAUUUAAUGGCUCAGGUCUGCAUGGAUGAGACUUAUUUCUAAAUAAAAGCCCUUUGUGAUGAACGUAUCUGGACAUUUGGGAGUUGUAAGAUACAAAGUGAAAAAGUUGACUGAUGAGCCAACUAAGUGAAACUCAAACUAGCAUUAAUGAGGAAUUUUGACUUCCGUUGUUCUUUUCAAAAUAAAACUACAUGGUGAACUUUU